ACUCCUCCUUCUUCUUCCACCAACCCUUCAGUCAAAGUCACGUCGACGCUUCGUUUCCUCUAAACUGAAUUUUCUUACAUGUUUAUUUGCCAACUUGAUCUAACAGGGUUUAUAUUUGAAGGUUAAAUUAUUUUAUUCUAGAAUUAAACUAUUUAACUCAAACUGGUGGAACUGGAAGACGAGGAAUGGCGACUGGACCUGCUGCGUCACGGCUCCAAGUUCUGCUCUUCCUGAUCUUCGUCCAGUUUGGUUCUGCCGGAGAGACACAGCUGAUCAGGGCUGAACCUGGAAAAGACGUCGUCCUGCCAUGUGAAGCUCCUGAGAAAAAACCUGUCGUCAUCGUAGARUGGAGMAGAUCUGAUSUGGAGGAAAAUGAUCAUGUUGCUCUGUAUCGAGAUGAUUGGUUUGAUGAUGAGGGUCAGCAUCCAGCUUAUAAGAACCGAGUGGCUCUACUGGACAGACAGAUGAAGGAUGGAGACGUGUCUUUGGUUCUGAAGAACGUGACGAUUAAUGAUACUGGAACAUAUGAAUGUAGAGUUGAUGGGAUUAAAUAUAAACGCAGGAAGAGAUCUCACCUGAAGAAUGAACCCAUCAGUAUCGUCACCCUGCUUGUUUCUGCUCCAGGAAACAAAGAUGGACAAAAGAAGGAUGGAGGGAAUGAGGAAGGACAAAAGAAAGAUGGAGUGACCAUCACUACACUGACAAGUGUCUUAGUUCCUGCUGUUCUGGUUCUAUUUGCUGUUCUAGGUUUUCUGCUCUAUAAGAGACGUAAUAAUAAUGAGAUAUCCAUCAAAGCAGCAGAACUUCAGGCUAUGAAUGUUGAAAACCAUCCAGAACCUGAAAUGUGAACAUUUAACAUUCAUUUCUAGCAGGAAGAGACUUUCAGCACUGAGACAGAAGAUMURAAGUUCAGCUCCAACUGAUUCACUUCACCUGUUUCCAUCAGAGCUUUUACAGCAGAGAACGAACUGAAUGUGAAAAGUUUGAACUGCAGCUUCUUUUUAAGGUUUCCUGCUGUCUGAACAAAAUAAUAUAUUACAUCUAAACUUCUCACCUAAAAGUUAUGGACACUAAUCAGAGAACCACAGAAU